CAUUUUCAAAAACUGUAUGUGCUGAGGACCUAUAUCGUAACGGGAGUUUAGUGGCAGUUAAGAUUAUGGAUUCACAGUAUAACCACGUUGGAUUCGAGGAAUGUAAAAAGUUACGCUACUUAAAUUUACACGAUAUUUAUGAAAACAUUCACAUUAGCAAACUCUUGAACACGUUCCUCUAUGACAAACAUUUUUGUCUAGUUUUUGAAUAUUAUCGAGGUGGUGUACUAAAAGUUCCAUAUAUGAUUAAUGAACAAUUCCGGUUGCAAAUUGUUAGAAAAGUGGCUUGUCAGCUUUUAACUGCUUUAAUUUAUAUUAAGCAUAUGGCUGUAAUACAUACUGAUCUAAAAUUAGAAAAUAUACUCUUUGUUACGGAGAAUUCCUAUGAGCUAAGAGUGAUUGACUUCGGUAAUGCAAUUGGUCUGGAUGAUGUAAAAUAUUAUGCGGAAAGUUUUGAAAUUCAGAGUCUUUUAUACAGAGCACCAGAGGUUUUAUUGGGCCUUCCCUUUGGUUAUGAGAUCGAUAUGUGGUCUUUCGGGUGUAUUUUAUGCGAAAUUUGGAUUGGUUAUCCUAUUUUUCAGAGUGAUACAAAAAGCGGAAUGAUAAAAGAAAUGGAAAGACUAUUAGGUCCUCUUCCAAGUUCGCUAUAUAAAAACGCAAAAAAUUUUGCUUGGUAUUUAAACCGAAAUGAUGAUGGAUUAAAAGAUUGGCCAGUAGGAGCGAACAAAGAAACGUAAGUCACAUGGAUUAAAUAUCAGAGGGUAAAAUGUGAAUCUUAUUUUUUUUUCC